AUGUCGGAUUUGUAACACUUGUGCAGAUCCUUACAGUCAAAAUAACACCAUGAGUUUGGCAACGUCUUACAGAUUUGAGGUUAACAACGCCAACAAAAGUCUGCAGCGUGCAUUGCGAGGACAAAGAGACCGUGUAGAGGCGGAGGAAUUACACGCUGACAGAGAACGUGGACUAAAGAGAGAUCAUGAAAUUACCCUAAAGGCAGACUGGAAUGAAAAGCUGGAAGAAGUGGCCGGAAGAAAACGCUUGACGGAAAGCUUUAAGACAAUUAAAGAGGAAGUCAGAUUAGGGAGGAAAGCAGCUUUGGCAGUCAGACAAGAAGCUUUAAGGCAGCAGUUACAGCAGGAACGGACAAUGUUUCAGUCAGAACUCAACACAGCAGGCAAAACAUUCUACUUCCAGAGGAUAUGACAGCCAAUCAGAAUCCAUCAUGUUUACACAGAUCAAUUUUAACAACACACAACCUCAUUAACUCACUGCUUUUUGGAAGGUUGUGUGUGUAUUGUAACGCAAAUAUAAUGCCAUCAUCUUGCUUUACAAUUUUUACCUCGUAAGCUUGAGAUGCUGUCGUAUACAAGUUUGUACUUGAGGGAUAUGAAUGGGCAGACAACAAUGUACACAUGUGAUACACACAUUAGAAAUUGUUACAAAUAUUCACAUUUUAUUUUAUAUUAAUAUAAUUUGUCAAGGAUCAAAAAUUAUUUUUUAGAAUCCAUACAGUGCACCUUAUAUAACAAAUGUCAUACAACUUAUACUUCAUUGUAAAUUUAUAUACAUCGAAAUGUAAAUAAACAUUUGUAUACAAAAACAAGGUUCUUUGGUGACAAUAUACAUGUAUAUGACCAUAAGGAUUUGGAAGUUAAACCUUGCACUGACUCUUGUAGUGGCGAGGUUUGUAUACAUGUUCAUGUAAGUGGUAGAAACCUCACCACAACAAAAAAUUUACAAAGGCAUAAUAACACAUCUUUAAAUACUGUAUUUCACCUGACAAGUUUAACUUCAUUCUGAUUGAUUCAUCCACCUUAUAAGGCCAAUUAGGGUUUUUUAAAGAAGUUUGAUUACUUAUCAUAAAAAAUGAAGUGUUGUCAUUAAAAGUAUCAUUUCAAGGCCUUUUGUGCCUCUUAAAGUGCAUUUUACAGGCCAAAUGCUACAUGAAGGUGAAAUACAGUAUGUAAAAAGGAAGUUGUACAUUUAAAGAGCCUAUCUAUUUCCUUAAGUAUAAAAAUAACAAUUAAAUGGUAUAGACCAAGAUAAUCUGGAUUGUUUUCUUGAAAAAUAACCAAUUUAGUGUAGUAUCAGUACCCUCUCUUGUAAGUUUUGGAGU